GUCGUAGUGUGAUUCCCAAUAAAUGUAGCAUUCUGGUAAUUUGGGAAUUCGGGGAAUUCCCUGCUUCUGCUUUACUCGUUGAUAUUGAGCGAAUGCACGGCAGCAGAGGCAGAGACGCUCUGCUGCUGAGUGAGGUUCGAUGGUAAGAUACUAAGAGUCUUGAGUAAGACAGAGAUGGCUGUAUACGCUCGACUUGAGUGAGUUUAUGACGUGAGCGCGUAUGCAAGAGUCAGUUGAGCUUGGGUAUUCGAACCAAACGGAACUCGCUGUGCAGCUGCGAAAAUCAAUAAAAGCAUCAAGAUGGAAAACAUACCCUUGCCGCCGACAUCAGAAGUGGGAUCUGCUUUGCCUACUGCUCAUGCCACCGAUCCGUAUUUGUCAGCGUUGGAGCUACAAAACCGCAACCUAAUGGAGAUCAUCAAAAACAUGCAGACACCAAGGGCACCGCCAGCCGAUGGAAAAGCGUCAUAUGUGACUCUUCCAAAAUUCAAUCCUGACAUCGCUGGAGCGGAUGCUUCCUCUUGGUGUUCAACAGUUGAUUUAAUUUUUGCGGAUAACGUGCUCGAGGGUAGCAACCUGGUGAUCGCCCUAAGCAAGGCACUAGAAGGCUGCGCAUCACAGUGGCUUUCCCAAAUUUGCUUUGCCGGCAUCACUUGGGCGCAGUUCAAGGAGCUGUUUAUACAACGCUUUGUUGGAAUUGAGACUUCUGCCGCCAUGCUAUUAAAUGUUCUGAAUGGUCGACCAAAGCCGGAGGAGGGCUUCGCCGAAUACGGCAGCCGUAUUGUGACGCUACUUAUGUCAAAAUGGAAAACCAAGGAUUUGGAAGAAAUAGCGGUAUCCGUGACUCUGGCUCACAUGGCGCAAAUAGACAACAAGUUGACGCGCUGGGUUUUUACAAAAAACGUGAAAACUCGCAAUGAGCUACAACAACAGUUACACGCACACUCUUUCAAAAAGCGCAGUAUGGACGACGAUUCAACAGGCUCGGAGCGCAAGAAGUUCAAGUUUCCGACACCGAUGAAAUGCAAUUAUUGUGGAAAGGCUGGCCAUAAAUACGCCGAAUGUCGUGCUCGCUUGGAGAAGGGCCAGAGCAAAGGCAAAAUCCACAGCGGCAGCAACAUGACUGGACCGAAGGAUCGCUCAAGUGUUAAGUGCUUCAAGUGUGACGAAAUGGGACAUUUUGCAUCUGCUUGUCCAAAAGGCCGAACGUAUGAGAAGCGGGUAGAUAUCUGCACAGUAGCUCCACCGUCUGGAAUAAUAAAGGCAUCCGGUGAGUCUAUUCCAUUUUGCUUUGAUUCGGGUGCUGAAUGCUCUUUAGUGAAGGAAAGCGCCGUGGAUAAAUUUAAGGGAAAAAGAAUAAAUAACAUUGUAAAACUUAACGGUAUAAGUAAUGAUGCCAUUUGUAGUACUCAGCAAGUAUUAUGUAAUAUAAAUAUUGAACAAUACUGCAUUGAAAUUUUGUUACACGUAAUUAUGGAUAAGUAUCUGAAAUACGAUGUGUUGGUUGGUCGUGAAAUCCUUAGCCAGGGCUUUGGAGUAACAAUAGACGCCGACAAAUUCCAAAUUUAUAAAACAAAAAGGUAGAUGUUUUGACUGUAACUGAUUACAGAGAUAUUAUAAAUGCUGAUAUUGAUUUAGUCGAAUCCGAUAAAAUGGCCUUAACAAAUAUCCUAAAGUGUUACUCUGAUUGGUUUAUCAGCGGUAUUCCAAAAACUCGAGUCUCGACAGGGCAGUUAGAAAUUAAUUUAAUAGAUCCACUAAAGACAGUGCAACGACGUCCUUACAGGCUAACCGAGGAAGAAAAAAACCAUGUGCGCUGUAAAAUUGAUGAAUU